AUGGAGACGAAGACCUUUUCAGAGCCCUUCAAACACCUGUUGCCGGCCGAUCCGUUUGAUAUGGACAGGUUUUUUGCAAUCCCCUCUCGACCCCCCAGUCGCGUUUUGUCUCAUCCCGCAGAAGCCUUAAGGCUACUUCCGCUGCUUAGUUCAGACUCAAUUGAAAUCGUGUCAGCCAUCUUUUUGCCGCUACUCAAAGGCAAAGCUUCCGUCGUAAGGGUUCAUCCGUUGUGCGCGAAAAGAGGUGACUUGGAGUCCCAUUCUUUUGACGUACGCCUGGCAACAAUGUCUGAGACGGUGCCUCUCAGCAUUGAGUCACCACAAUUGGUAGACUUGACGCAUUUCAGUCCUGAGAACGGCCCUGUUUUCGCAAUCAAGACGAAAGGUCAGUGCUAUAGUGACGCUGGUCGAUUGACAGCGCGAGAGUGUGUAAUGCUGUUACAUCGAAGCUGGGCUGAUCGGCAAAUCCUUGAAGAGCAAAUGGCAUAA